UUAACUAAUCAAGUAGUGUAAAUAUUCUAGAAACUUGCUAAUGAGUAGCCCUUUUUGUUGGUGUGGAGUGACCAGAGAGCUGUCAAACAACUUUGUGAACUGAGUUACUCUAAGUCUAAGCAAAAGAGCAACACUUAUGUACUUGUGAGAAUCCUUUUUCUGCUCUACCAAUGUGAAUUAUUAAAACAAUGGAAUCCACAAUACAAAAUGGAUCAAACAACUGCAGUUUUGUGUCUGAAAAGUAUCCAGAGAAGUUGCUUGCUAGGAUCUGCCAGCUUCGUUCCCAAAAUGAUUUCUGUGAUAUCAAGUUGGAGGCUGAUGGAACAUUAUUCCCUGCUCACAAGAUCAUUUUGGCAUCUGCAAGCACCUAUUGCAAAAUGCUCUUUGCUGAUUCCAAGGUGUGUGAUAUUAUCCGACUAAAGGAUGUCAGCAGUACAGGACUGAAGAACGUACUUGAUUUUAUCUACUCAAAUAAGCUUAGUCUAUCCAUCGCCAACAUAGAAGAUACUUUAAAAGCUGCGGAAGUCUUGUUAGUCCGUGAGGCUAUAAAACUAUGCUUUCAAUUUUUAGAAGAUGGCUUGAAUCAGAAUAAAUGUUUGGAAAUCCUAAAUAUAAUCAAGAAGCACGGAGCAGAAAAGCUAAAAGAGAAAGCUAUGAAAUGUGUUGGUCAGCAUUAUAAACACAUAUUGGAUAACCCAAAGGAAUUGCAUGAAUUGGACAAAACUACACUUUGUGAAAUAUUGGAUAGAAUGGAUAUUCCUGAAUACAGUGAGCUUGAACUAUUUAAUUAUGUAGUUGCUUGGUUAAACCAUGAACCUUCAAGGUUUAAGGAAGCUGGGGACCUUCUCAAAAGAAUACGAUUUCCACUUAUUUCUCUAGAAGAUCUUCAAAGACAUGUAAAGGAAAAAACAGUUAUGAAGACAGACUCCAACUGUUUCAGAUACCUACAAGAUGCUCUGAGUUACCACUCUCAACUAUACACCCAACCUGCAUUAAACUGGGAAAGUACAUCUAUUCGGUCAAGUUCUGAGAAGCUAGUGGUUCUCGGUGGACGGACAUUGGACAACCAAGUCUGUGGACGUAUUUGGGUUGGAGACCAAGGUGGUAGCUCAUGGAGUGACCUUGGGGAACUCUGCACCCCAGUGUAUAAUCAUUGUGUGGCUGUCAUCAAUGGCUUUCUCUUUGUACUUGGAGGGCAAACAAAGUAUGACCCCACAGGCAAACAUCCAUCAAAUGAGGUAUUUCGUUUUGAUCCACGAAAUGGGUCGUGGCUGCAAGUUGCUGGAAUGCUGGAGAGACGGACACGAUUUCAUACAGAGGUCAUUUCAGAUCACAUAAUUGCAGUUGGAGGAGGAACCUUGUUAGGAAGCCUCACUAACACUGUAGAAGAAUACAACCCAUCUGAAAAUAACUGGGAACUCACUGCACCUUUCCCAGUAUCUGUGGCUGAUCACGCUGGAACCACUCAUAAAGGAAUCCUGUAUAUUUCAGGGGGCUAUUCUACGGGAAAGACUUUAAGAGACGUGUACAGCUAUCUCCCAAGACUCAGGCGUUGGGUGGUCAACCGAGCCAUGACUUUCUCUAGAUGUGACCAUGGUAUGGCAACUAUUGGAGAUAAAAUCUUCUCUAUCGGUGGACGCACGUUAAACGAGUCUAAUCAGUGGGUUCAUGUAAAUGAAACAGAAUAUUACUGUCCCGCAACAGACCAGUGGAGUACCCUGACGCUUUCUCCUUUCGAUUGCUGUCAGUUCAGCAUCAUUUCUCACCAGUCAAUGUUAUACAUUAUUGGAGGAGGCUCUUUAAGACGAAUGAGCAAAGAAGAUGGUGUAUUCUUAUACAAUCCUGAAGCAAAGACAUGGAGAAAGGCUGGCUCUCUUCCCCAGCCCCUGGUAGAUCACGCCUCCUGCACUAUAAAGUUGCCACAUCACAUGGUAGGACAACAGCCAAGGAAAGAAGAGGAAAUUCAUUCAGGCUCAAACAAAAAGAAAUCUACUCUCAAACUGUUUAUAACAGGCAAACAGGAAUAAGGUUUCUGUGAAACAGGACAUAAGUGAUUGGUUAACAUUCUGUUGUACACCUGUUUAGGGUUGGUAGUUUUAGCCCAGAUUAAUCUUCCAGAUUUAACCCCUUUACUACUGGGAAUUUCAGAGAAAAACUCGCUCAAAGUACCGGAGAAUUGAUCUAGGUCCAUUUUGUAUAUUAGAUGAUACUAUUUGGCCACCAAAUAAGAUCAUAUAAAAAAAUAGUUAACUUUUUGCAAACUUUGGGUUUCCUCACUGAAAUUAUUUACACACAACUAUUGCAGUCAUAUGACAAAAGGUUGUAAAAGCUUCUUUGUGAUCCCCUUUGUUCAGAAAUAGCAGACAUGCAUGGCUUUGCUUUUUGCAAUUAGAAGGCUGCUAAUUGCAGCUGUGUACCACUCUUCUGAAAUUCCUGGCAGUGAAGGUGUUAAUCAGUUAGGUGUUAAGGUUAUAUUUGCUCUAGUGUGUAAGGAUUACCCUCUCACCUGACAUCCCCCACCCCCUGAUCCCUACCUGAUCACUCCCAAACAGCUCUCUCUCUUGCCCUCCCCCCCAUACUGGUCACUACCAUCUUAGGUACUGGCAGACAGUCUGCCAGUGUGCAGUUUAGGGCUUUUUAAAUAUUGAUUAUUAUUUUUUUUAUUUCUGUAGUGUAGGGAUCCAUCCUUAGCCUCUGACCUCCAUGAGCCCCCAAACAGCUUUAGACCUUUCCCCAUUCCCACUGAACCCCUUCCUGUUUGUUACUGACAACCAGUCUGCCAGCAACAAAUUAUUCAUUUUUUAAUUUUAUUUUUUUAUAUUUGUUUCUGUGCAUGAUUAAGGGAAUUAUUCCCGAAACGUUGCUACUGUUUGUACCUAAAUAAAUUUCUUCUUUUGAA